GGCUUGGGGGCAUUUGACAUUUGUUGUAAAGGUUUAAAUGAGAUGCAUAGAAUGGCGAGUGACCUGUGCACCCAAGCAUUCAGAGAUCAGAUAGCGUGACUUGAUUUUAUUGCUUGUUUUGUAGAGGGCUCAGAAAGCCUGGACCUGCGUGAAUGAGAAAUCUACAAAUUAAAUGAAUAAAAGCCUUUCAUUCAAAUAAAGUUUGUGGUUGUUGCUGUCGUAUCUGACGAUAAUAUUAACAUAGGCUUUUGUAUAAAAAAACUGAUAAACUAAAGGAAAAAAGCUAUAGCCUACUGGGUCUUGUGAGUUUCAUAUAGAAGGUAGUACUUUAGACGUGAAAAAAUUUAUUAAAUGUAACUUUUAACAAUUACCAAUUUGUAUAAAUUAAUAAAAAAUAGUCAGGAAUAUAAACAACAUAAACAUAACAAACACUAUGAUACCUAAACUUUUUUUUGCUUUAAAAAGGGUAAAUGUAUAGUUUAGUAUAGUAAAAAAACAAGGUCAAAGCUGGCUCAUCCAGCAUCUGUGACCCACCGUGACGUAACAUUGUUGCACGGUAGUCAUAGCAACAGUUGGGGGACCACACUGUCGAGUUGCUGUGACUUGUGCCCUCUCGGAUUUCUACACUUUCUGUUUCUACAUGAUAAUGGAUGAUGAGAAAUCAGUGGAAGCAGAGCAGAGAGAAGAGGAAAAUAUGAAGGCGCUUCUACACAAGACUCCCAAUCACCCACUUCCUGAAGGAUUGGAAAAGAUGGAACACAGCGAGACAGUGUGUCGCUACUGCGGCGUGAGCUAUCUCAUUUUCCACGAGUUCCAUCAGCUCCACAAACAGCUGGCACAGUUACAGGCCGAGCUGGAGCAACUCCGAGAGGUCGGCCAGAAGGAGAAGGAGCGUCGGGAGGCGCUGGAGGUGGACAGGGAGGAAUGGGAGAGAGCGCUGCACCUGCAAAUGAAGGGAGAAGCUGAAAACGAGGAGAGGAACAGAAGAGAAACCCUAGAAGAGAUGAACCGAGACAUGGAGAAAGCUCUCAGAGAGGAGUUUGAGAAGGACAGGGAGACGAGGAGGAGACACUUCGAAGAGGAGUGUCAGAAAACAUAUGAGGAGAAGCUGGAAAAGAGAACUGAGGAGAUGGAGAAACUCUGGAGUGGUGUCCUUCUAAGGUCCCGUAAGGAUUUAGAGGAGCAGAGAACAAUUCUUCACCAGCUGGAGGACAGGCUGCUGACUGCUGAUGCUACAACGGAGGAAGCUGAGCAGAAGCUGGAAGAAGAAAAGCAGCUUGUUAAAACUCUCAGAGGUGUGGUUGAGCAGCAGCAGAAGGCCCUCAGAGCGACUCGUUCCUCGCUGCUCUUCGGCGGCGGCGUUCUCGCCGAUGUACGGGGUUUCCUCGGCCAGCUGACACGAGCUUGGCAGGCCUUUAGAUGUCAAAUAGAGCAGCACAGCAUGCAGGUGUUCUCAGCAUUAAAUGAGGAGCUUCAGCAAAUGAGAGAAGAAAAAGAACUUGUAACUCAGCAGUUGAUGGAACAGAGGAGGCGUCGGGACGAGCAGCUGUCUCAACAGAAAAACUCUGAGAAGGAGAACAGAGCAAAGAUACUCAGAUUACAAGCUGAAAUGGAGGAGAAGCACAACAUGUGGUUGCUAUGUCAACAAAACUGCGAUGCCCUACAGAAGCAGCUGUUCUCCCAGGAACAGAAAGAGGGACGACUCAAGCAAAAGUACUGCAAGGCGGCGCAGGAAGUGGCAAACCUGAUUAAAGAGCUCGAUGAGAUCCAAGAGGAAAAGAGGGAACUGAGGAAAGACAGGGAAUCUCAUCAUGCAGCCCUAACCAAGAUGAAGGCGGACUAUGAAAUACAACUCAGCACAAAGAUAAGAGACGUGAGGGAGGAGCUUCACAAAGAGGCGGAGCUUGAGCUGGAAAAAGAGAAGGAAAAGAACCAGUUUCUGCUCCAACAGUGUCAACUAGAAAACUCACAGCUACAGCAGAAGUGUACAGAGAAAUCACUGGAGGUGCAGGACCUGCAGGAGGAGCUGCUGCAAGAAAGGAGGAGACGGGAAGAGGAGAGAGCCCAGGAUGAGGAGAGAAAGAGGCGAGAGGAGGAGUCCCACCAACAGGAGGCUCGAGAGCUUAGCCACGCUAAAGCCGAGCUCCAGCAGACGAGUGAGAAGAAUGCUGAACUAAUAGAAGAGGUGAUGUUUCUCCAGGAGACCGUGAGGAAGGAGUGUGAAGAGAGAGAAGAGCUCACUGCUGCUUUGUGUCAAGCUCAGCAGGAGCUCUUUGGGCAGCAAUCCAUAGGAUCCCAUCCAGGAUCUUCCAAGCACAUUCCAGACCCCAGGGAAAGACAACCACCCUCGGGGCUCACGGGUAUUCAGCUCCAGCCGGAGGUCAGCGUACCUUUGACUCACUCCUCAAACCCUCCAAACACAUUCAGGCCCUCCCCUGCCCAAACAGAAAAGGACAGAGGCCUGGACCCAGACAAAGAAAGAGCAACAAGGAGGCUGGAGAAUGAAAGCAGAGAGGUGUUGCUGGGUGGAGAAAAAAGACUUCCUCCUAACCUGAAAGUAAGAAGGUCCACAAGUGAAGUCAAACACAAGGCCAAUUUAGGGAGUAGGAGAAAAUAGAAAUACCCCAAAUCUUUGUAUUUAUUAACCACAAGCUGCAAAUUUUUAAAAUGAAAGACGUCAUAAUCGAUGGGUAUCAACUAGGGGUGUUGGAAAAAAAUGAUUCUGUGAUAUAUUGCGAUAUUUCAUUUAGUGAUACUUAUAUCUAUUUAAAAUGUUGAUAAGAAGAUAUUUAAUUAAAUAUUUACACUUUGACCAGAUCUACGACGCACCAGAACAAGAUCUUGCGAGAACCAGCUUGAGUGAAAUGUUCAGUCUCAUUGUUUCAGUCAGCAUUGCGAUUUUGGGUAUGAGAAAUGUAUUACUUAAUAUGACUUAGUUUUUUUUCAAGUCAUACUCUUUGGAAAAAGAGAAAAAUUGUCUUGGGAUAUAUGUUGUAUACCGACACGUGUAUUGCGAAAUGUUUACGCAAUAGUAUGAUAUCGUGAUCUAUGCAUCACGAUUCGUACAACAUCGUAAUAUGUGUAUCGUGAUAUAUGAAUUGGGAUACAUAUUUUGAUAUGGGAAUCAGGAUACAUAUCGUGAUAUGUGUAUCGUGAUACAUAUCGUGUUAUGUGUAUCGUGAUACGUACGUGAUAUGUGAAUUGUGAUACAUAUUGUGAUAUGGGAAUCGGGAUACUCACAUUUCGUGGUAUGAGUAUUGUUUCGUGAUAUGCAUUGUGAUAUGUAUAGCAUCGUGUGGUAUCGUGAUAUGUGUAUCGGGAUACGUAUUGUCAUACAUAUCCUGAUAUGUGUAUCUUGAAACGCAUUUAUCGUAUAUGUGUAUUGUGAUGGUAUUGUAUUGUGAUAUAUGCAAUGCAAUACAUAUAGCAUUGUGACAUAUGUAUUGGGCUACGUAUAGCAUCGUGAUAUGUGCAUCGGGCUACGUAUCGUAAUGUGAUAUGUGUAUUGAGAUACGUAUCGUGAUAUGUAUAUCAACAUAUGUAUCAUAUUGCCAGAUUCUUGCCAAUACAAACCCCAUGUAUCAACCUCCAACAUUAUAAUGUUAUAUCCCUGAUUUUGUUUUUUUUAACCUUUAUUUUAUCAGGUGAAAAACCCAUUGAGAUCAGGAUCUCUUUUUCAAGGGUGACCUGGCCUAGAGGUCAGCAUCACACGUCUUUUAAAUAGGGUUAUAAUAUAAAGUAAAAGUAUGAAACUGAAAGAUGAUUUUACAAUAUUUACAAUAUAAAAUUUGAAAUUUGGUGCAUUAGAGAGAAAGUGAUUUUUAAGAGGUAGUAUAAGUAAACAUUUUUAGCAGAGUGCAAAGGGUAUGGGCAGUAUGAUGAAUAAUUCAAUACAACAAUCGUAAGCUGCAUUCGUUUAACAGCACGCAUUAUGAGCAUUGGCAGUGUUUAAUGGAAUCUUUUCCUUUGGUGCACAUAAAUGAGCGGAAUAAACCUAAUGAAGCUAGCUAAGACCAUUUUAGUUUUGUUUGUAGGCUGUUCCAAGCUGAGGGGGCAGAAAAAAUGACGGUUUGUUUUCCAAAUUCAGUUUGUACUCUGGGAACAUACAGAUGAAAAACUUCAUUUGAGCGUAAGUUAUAUUGACUGGUGGUUCUUUGGAAAAGUGAACAGGGGUAUGAUGGGACCAAACCAAGCAACGCCUGGUAGAUCAGAGUCACCUUCACAUGCUCAGGGAAGGCCACUCGGCUCUUGCAUAAAGCUCACAGUGAUGGGUUAGAUGGCUACAACCAGUUACAAAUCUCAGAGCACAAUGAUACACAGUAUUUAGUCUUUGUAGACAGGUGGAUGACACAUUCAUGUGCAGGACAUCUCCAUAAUUGAUCAGACGCAAAAAUGUGGCUGCCACUACAACCCUUGGAGCUUUGAGUGAGAAACACCAUUUAUUUCUAAAGCAGAACCCUAGUUUCAUUUUUAAUUUGUGUAUUAAAGAGGGAAUAUACAAUUUAAAGGAAAGCUCGGAAUCAAGUACAAAGUCGAGGCAUUUAAAGCUGUUUAUAAUUUCUAUUGAUUUGUUAUUUUCAGUUUUAAGUACUUAGGUGAUCUCCUGAUUUACGUCUAUGUGAAAAAAUCAUCACCUUUGUUUCUUCUGUAUUUAGAACUAUUUUUAAUAAUUUAAGACAAGACUGAACUAUGUUAAAAGCAGACUAAAAAAUCAAAAGCUUGAGUUAUUGACUGGGAGCAGCAGUAAAUGACAGUGUCGUCGGCAUAAAGAUGGUAUGACGCAUUUGGUAAGUUUUGACCUAAGUUGUUAAUGUAGAAAGAGAAGACCUAGUAUUGAGCCCUGUGGCACAUCUUUCUGUAUCUCACGAGUCAGAGAAGUGGUGUCUGAUAUCUGUACUGAUUGGGAUCUGUUUGACAGAUAGUUGACAAACCACGCAGUAGCUUGAUCGGAUAUACCAAUGCUGACUAUUUUUACUAGGACAGUGUGAUCUGCGGUGUCGAAGACUUUUAAGAGGUCAAUAAAGAGGGUCACAGAGUAUUUUUUACAGUCGAUGGCCUGAAUAACAUCGUCUAAAACUUUAAGGUUGCCAUAAUAGUACUGUGCUUUUAUCUGAAACCGGACUGAAAUUUAGAUAAGAUGCUAUUCGUUUCUAGAAAGUCCUUUUUCACUUUUUCAAACAAUUUUGCCAGGGUGUAUAGUUUGGAUAUUGGCCUGUAGUUAUUUACAUUUUUAUUACUAACUUUCUUUUUCUAUUUUUUAUUGGACUGUGAGAAUCCAGGUACACUUUUAGAAGUCAUAUUUGUUUGCUACACUGCCAAAAAAAUAUGUUUAUUUGUUUUCUUUCUGCUAAUUUAUGCUAAUGUUUAUCAUUAUAAAGCUAAAAAAAUAAACAUACUAUUGAUUGUGCAUAAAAAUGAACUGGUAAAAUUAUAAAGAUAUUAAAUUAAACUAGUUUUUAUUAUUUAAUAUUUUUCAAGCGGUGUAUUUAUAAAGAACUUUUUAAACUCUUUCCACUCAGAAAAAUGUCACCUAUUAUUUUGUCAUGAACUGACAAGAACAUUUAUCCAUUUAAAGAACAAUAUAUGUAGUAAAAAUGUAAUACUGACACACAUAAAUACAUUAAAUUCACGUCACAAAUGUACCUAAAUCUACAUACACAUGCUCAUGUACUAGUGUGAUAAAUUCCUUCCUCCACGUCUGUAAUAAUAACAUUUUUUUUCUUUUUGGGCUAAUAUUCAAACCUUGCUUCAGGUUUUCUUUUAAACGAUUCCAGUUUUUUUGAUAUUUUGAGGCUCACUCCUUUUGUUUUAAAAUAACUCCCAUCCGUAUCCCCAAAUAAUAAAGGAUUUCUCAAAGUGUGAUGGCUCUAGAUUCAUUUUAAAUCCUGUUUCUGCUGCAUGUAAACUUAAAAAUUACAACAAAAAACAUGUUAAAUGGUGGAAUAUGGAACAACCCCGUGUCAUUAAAUGGAAAAAUAACAAGCAUGUUUCCUGCAUGUUGCAGGGGCAUUUAGUGGAGUUGCAAAACAUGUGGUUUUAUAUUUAAAUAGGUAAAUAAAGAGCAUUGUUUAGACCAGUCGGGCAGUGUUAUGAAGUUUACGAUGGAAACAGUUUUGCUUUUCUUUAUAUAGAUAAAUAAAGAUGGAGAUUGAAGAUCUAGCAUGAACAACGUUGAGAUAGAAUCAGGUGAAGGCAGCAUUAGGAGUCGUGUGAAGGUUGUUAUGAAAAGCAUUGGUUGACCCCGGCCUGUCGGAUCAUGCAGAUUUCCUGCGUAAAAUUUGGUUUGCAGUUCAAAAAAAGCUUACCGACACAUUCCAUGACACGCAUUCUGUGUGUAACAUCUGGAAGCUGAAAGUAAAACGCGUAUUCUCUUGUUCUUUUAUAGUGCACACAGCAAAAAACUCUUCAUACUGAACUCUUUUUUUUUUUACGUCACAUUUUGCUGCAAUCCGACCCUGGAUCUCUCAUUAGACUGAGGGGCCUUGACAGCAGGUUUGGCCCCACCCAUGCAAACAAACAAAAGAAACUCACACAAACAGCGGUCGCUCGGCUCUCUCUCCCCUCGGGCUUGGAGUGUUACUGACAUCACCCUCUCUCUGGAAGGUCUUUCCAUCCACCCCGUCCUUUCCGCUCCUCUACAUUUGGGAUGAAUUGGCAUGGUGGGAGAA